CUUUAUUAGAUCACGUGUUAGUAUAUAAUCAGUCAUCUGCAAAGCUUUUUUGAAUUAAGAGUACUUGCAUUGUUUAUUCUCAUUUAUUAACGUGAAAACGAAAUGUCAGACAAUAAAAAUUAUGAUGAUAUGACGCCUGAAGAACAAGCUGAACAUGAUAGAAUAGCCAGAGAAAAAGAAGCUGCCGAACAAGCUGCUUUACCAUAUAAGUGGAAACAAACUUUACAGGAUGUUGAUGUAACUGUCCCUGUACCAAAAGGAACGCGAGCUAAGGAUUUGAAUGUUAUUAUUAAAAAAAAACAUUUGACCGUUGGUUUGAAAAAUAAUCCGCCAAUCAUUGAGGGCGAAUUAUGUAAAGAAAUUAAAAUUGACGACUGUACUUGGACGCUUGAGGAUCAAAAAGAAGUUUAUAUUCAUUUGGAAAAGGUUAAUGACGCGGAAUGGUGGAAAAAUGUCAUUACCACUCAUCCUGCUAUUGACACAACGAAAAUUCAACCUGAAAAUUCUAAAUUAAGUGAUUUGGAUGGCGAAACUCGUGCAAUGGUGGAGAAGAUGAUGUUUGAUCAACGUCAAAAACAAAUGGGUAAAAAGACAUCAGAUGAAUUAAAAAAGGAAGAAAUCCUGAAGAAAUUCCAAGCACAGCAUCCUGAACUUGAUUUGUCGAACGCCAAAAUCUCUUGAAUAAUAUAUGUAUAUAUACGCAUUUUCGUUACAUUUUUUUGAUGAGAAAAAAUAAAUUCGAAAUUUACGAUGAAUUAUUUUAUUCGUAAUGGAAUAAGAUAAUUAGCUUAAUAUAAAGUUGAAGUUGUAAUAAAUUUAUUAUUUAGAAUUUUCAUUGUUUUCUGUUGUUGGAUACGUUAAAUUCUCGCCACGUUCUUCUAAUCG